AUGAUUCAUGGUGGGUGGUGGUGCUCAGCAUACAAUCGCAGCAUAGAAAUUUCAACUGCCACUGACCUGAUUAAUCGUGGUAUUCCAGUUUGGAACAUUGACUAUCGUUCAAGAGGAAACGGUGGUGGUUGGCCAAAUACUUUUUACGAUGUCGGAAAUGCUACUGAUCUCCUUGUAAGUGUAGCGAAUCAAACUGGGCUCAGUGCUUCCAAGACCAUUGUUACUGGUCAUUCCGCAGGUGGAGAGUUAUCUCUUUGGGCAGCUUCACGUUUCAAACAACCGGAUGGUGCUCCUGGUGCAAAUCCAGUAUGGCGUCCUAUUGCUGCUGUUAGCCAAGCUGGAGCGCUUGAUAUGGUCGAUGCGUACGAGAAGAAUCUUGGAAACAAUGCGGUUUAUUAUUUUCUGGGUUGCGCGCCAGCUCAAUGUCCAACACGAUACCAGCACACCUCGCCUACCACGUUGGUUCCACUUGGCAUUCCUACACUUGUUGUGAGUGGGUACAAUGACACUGUAGUCCCGUAUAAUCAGGCACAAUUGUAUAAUGCGUCCGCGGUUCGAGCACAUGAUAAUGUUACCACAUACCUGUUGCAGCCGGCUUAUAUGACAAGAAAUCUCCGUCUUGGUGGCAUCCCAUAG